AUGACACUCAACGACGACUCCAGCAUCACUCGUGAUGUGAAUACUACCUUAAUCUACAGCAAGGCCCUGCCUUCCAACAGCGUAAAUGAACAGUGGUUCCUCAACAUCAAUGUUUCGAGUAAUGGACAGCGCGAACAAAAUUUUGAAAAGGAUAUCGUCCAGACCACAAUACACGACAUUCGAGGCCACGAAUCGGACACACACAUCGACGUAACCGGCUUCCAAGCCAUUCAUUCGCCAAGCACAGUCGAUGCCGAUCUCAUUCUCGAUGGAACAGAGGAACAAAUAAAGGAAGCAUAUUAUGGUGAGGUCGAACAAUUGCUUAAACGUGUCACAGGCGCCAAUCACGUUGUUUUCUUCGAUCAUACCGUACGAAAAGUGAGACCAGGUCAGGUGGACAGUUCCCCGUCGACCCGCCAGCCUGUGCAACAAGUGCAUGUCGAUCAAACGCCUAUUAGUGCUCAUACGCGAGUGAAACGACAUGCAUCCGACGUCCCGUGGAAGCGUUUUCAAUUGAUUAAUGUAUGGCGACCACUGAAGAAUACUGUAUACGAUUAUCCACUCGCUGUGGCCGAUUUUCGUAGUAUCGAUGUGCUCAACGAUCUCAUUCCAACUAUACUCGUCUAUCCGCCUCCGACGCCCAAUGGAGAAACUUAUUCUGUUGUUCAUAAUCCCCAGCAUCGAUGGUGUUACUGGUCAAAGAUGACACCGGACGAGGUGAUGCUCUUGAAAUGCUAUGAUAGCACUAGUCGAGCUCUCUCAACGGUCAAAGCGAGCGCGGCUCAAGUAGACGAGACGUUAUUGAGGGAUGUGGCUGGUUUAACGCCUCACACUGCGUUCUACGAUGCUGAAGGUGCAAAGGAGGGACCAGCUAGACAGUCGAUUGAAGUGCGGGCUCUUGUUUUUUAUGAUUAA